GUCGCGGUCAAGGUCAUCGACAAGAAGCGCGCCAAGACCGACAACUACGUGCGCAAAAACCUGCGCAGAGAGGGACGUCUGCUACAGCUGGUGCGUCACCCUAACGUGGUGGCGCUGUAUGAGGUCAUGGAGACUGACAACUCCUACUAUCUGGUCACUGAGCUAUGCAGGGGUGGCGAUCUUAUGGACUACAUCACAGCGCGGAAAAGGCUGACUGAACCAGAGGUGACCAAAUUCAUACGCCAGAUCGUCUCAGCCGUGGACUACUUGCACAGACUGGGCAUCAUUCACAGAUUUCGGACUAAGCAACUUCAUCAAGGUGUCCACGAGCCCCGAGGGCACGCGCGCCCAGGAGUUCUGUGUGACUCAGUGUGGCAGCCCCGCCUACGCCGCUCCUGAACUGCUCAACCACGACAAGUACGGGCUGCAAGUGGAUCUCUGGAGCAUAGUGUCGAGAUCUCCUGAGGAAGUUCCUGACCCCUGACCCGGCGCGGAGAGUGACCAUAGCGGAGGCCUUGGCUCACCCCUGGCUCACACAAGGGAGGUCAUUAAGUUUGUCACCUGCAACACGCCCAGUCCAGCCUGCGCCACCUACCAUCUCUAUCUCCUCCGCCUGGGGAAGUACAAGGAAGAACUGCGAGCUUCCGGUCAGUUGCCAGCCGCUGUGGCGUGUCGAUCAGAGAACAGCAAGAUCACCCUACACCUACAGGAGAUGCGGUCCAAAGGGCAGAGAGCUGACGUCACUGGGCGUGGCCCGACGAUGACCACGCCCACACCACGCCCCCAGGCCCGGGGCUCAGGCUCCGCCCACACGGACACCCCGGACUGUCUGCCGGGGGGCAAGGGGGAGUCGGAAGAUCUGAACGACAGGAAGGAGAACCGAAAUCCUCUGCUGAAGACAGAGACGCUGAACAGUGGCGGUUCCCCCAGCCAGUCCUCGGCCACCACACGUCCAGACAGCAAGGCCGGACACAACUCUAGUGCUCUGCCCCUCCGGCACUUCCAGCGGCGCCUCCUGCAGGAACCCUUCACCAAGGGCAACACCUCCAUAGGGGUCACCACAACGGCCGUGACCUCUAUAGGUUUGACCUCUAUAGGCUUGACCUCUGUCGGCGUGACCCCUAGAGGUGUGGGUAGUCCUCGAUCUGGUGACCACACGGAGAGACAGACUCAUAGGACGGUUGUGGAUAAAGGAGGGGAGAAGGGGGGAGACAGGGGGGAGAGGGGGGACAGGGGAGAUAGGGAGCAGCUUCGAUUGGUUCGUCUGGAAGAUAAACUAUCUCUGGAAUCUUCCCACAGGCGGGCGGCCGCACCACGUGACCGCCGGGGUAGGGGGCACUACGAAGUGGUGGGUCUCCCGGGUUCGGAUCUGGACAGCAGUAAGGCGUCCGUGGAGACCUCAGACCGUGUCCGGCUGAAGAGCUACAAGGAACUACAACAAACGCCGCUACACACGCCGCGAUACGGAGGCGAUAACAACAACAACAACAACAAUAACAAUAUCGACGAGGAGCCCGUGACGUCACAAAAUGGCGGCGGGUCACACACGGCGCGGGGAGGUCAUCAACACGGACCUCCAUCAACGCACGCCACUCGACUCCUUGCCCGACGAGGCGUGGUCAGAUCCAUGGACGGCUCUAUACUGACCCCCGCUGCCACUGUCGGCGGUUCAUCACAGGACAACAAAACUCACAACGCGCACCUGGCCGAGGUGACUCACGCUCACAAACAGCUAAACAAGAAGGCGCAGGUGCAGGUGCAGAUGCAGGUGCAGGUGGUGAGUCCCCGGGGGAAAGGAGCAGGGGGCGUUGUGGUGGUGCCCCCUAAACAAUACGUGCCAUUCCGCGGAGUAGGAGACAGACAGACGCCGCGCGGGGCGGGAGGCGAUGUCCCUCUCCAGACCGGCGUCGGCGUCGGCAGAGCUCAGCACAAGGCGGCCCCCAACAACAACAGCAACAACAACAACAACAACAACAACAACACGACCACCACUGAGUCUAUGUCGCUACACGGCAAGAACAUGUUCGCUAACAACAACACAUCGGUCAUAGAGGAGGGUAUGACCCCGGCCAAGCGACCCGUCUCCCCUCACAGACCCGUGGCUGUCAGACGCCGCCUGGCCAAACGUCACCGCAUAGGGGACAUCACCCCGCCCGGAAGUUACGUCAUACAGGAUGUAGACCAGCACGUGACCACGGAGUUGAUCAAGGGCGACCACCCUGUUGCAGAGCAGGAGAAGACGAUGGUCCACACGAUACCGCUGCCCUCUAUCUCUCCCACACACUCGCAGAAGUAAUCCCAACGACGCGUCCUUCUAGAUAGAAUAUCAAUAUAUCUUUUAUUUACUUUGAACGACGAGAAGAACAUUAACCCUAUCAUGCCGAGCAGACGCAAGCAAGACAGGCACACAGACAAACUGUCAGACCUACAGAGAGGAAGAAAAGUUGUAAAACCUGUCAAUGAUGUUUUAAAACCACCUUUUAGGUGAGAGGGGCACUUUCAUUUAAAACCACCUUUUAGGGGAGGGGGGCAGUUUCAUUUAUAGUCAGCGCCCUCGUUUAUCGCCAAGAGGCGAACAUUUUCAUUUUCGUACAUCCAUCCUACAUAUUAUGUUUGUUUUCCAAACGGGGCAUAAAAAAAUAUUUCCUGGGGGAUCCCCACUACCUACUACAAUUUAAAUAUCGCCCAGACUGGCAAGUAAGGUUCUAGACUAGAGUGUGAUAUCAGGCAGAUUUACAGCUACAGUUAAUGUUUUUAAGGACAAAUGGAUUAACAUAGAUUUCGGGGGUUUCCAGAAAUCUUGACCAGCACCAAAAGUGGAUAUUGCCCUACCUAUAGGAGAAG